CAAAAUCAGGUAAUCACUGGUUUCAAAUUUAGUUCUAGAAUAUAAUCAUGGAUACUUUUGGUAAAGUUUUAGCAGCCUUUUCAUUUAUUGCCUUGAUAUUGCUUCUUCCAGCCUUUAUAUGGCAUAUCAGAAGCAGGAAUAUUCCUGCUUCUACCUUGAUAUUCUGGAUCAUGUUCAAAAACUUGUUUACUUUCAUUAAUGCCUGUAUUUGGAGUGAAGAGACUUUCGUCGAAGCUUGGGAUGGGAAAGGAUACUGUGACGUAUUUACCAAGAUUGAUUCGGGCUCAUCAGUGGCUAAAGUAUCAUGUAUAAGCAGUUUGACCUUUGACUUGUAUAUGAUCCUUUCGGCAGAAAACAGUAUAUUCUUAGAGAAAAACUCCAAAAGAAGAAUUAUUAUCAAUCUUCUGAUGUGCUGGAUAACUCCAAUAUUCGUUAUUGCUACUAGUUACCUCAUUCAAAAAUAUCGGUACAUCAUUGUUCGUUAUGGCGGGUGUGUAACUCCAUAUGAACAUUCCUACGUUAGUUUAAUUCUUCAUUUUGUGUGGAUAUUAUUGUGGGGCAUUAUAGGAUUGAUUUUUGCAAUCCUAACAAUUUUGAAGUAUCUUCAGAAAAGGAGAGACGUGAAAGAUAUAUUGAGGUGUACUAAUUCGGGACUCACCUUCAAAAGAUUUGCCCGGCUAUUGAUCUUUUCUAUCUUGGUCAUAUUAGUUUUAUUUCCUCUUUCAGUUUAUUUCUUUGUUGCUGAUGUUUCUUCGAAAACUGAAGAAAGUUAUAGCUUUUCUGCGGUUCACGGUCCUGAUUGGAAUAAUGUUCUUUAUUCAGAUUUUGGUACUUCCUAUGUUUACUAUGCUUGGAUUGAUCUUGCAUUAUCAAUAAUUACUUUUAUUUUAUUUGGUCUUGGGUCAGACGCUAUUGCCAUGUAUAAAUCUGCCUUACACAAGAUUGGAUUCAAGUCAUUGAAAGAUAAUAGCCCCAGUCAAGCUCACACAACAAAAUCCUUAUCAAACCAGUUUGAUCAAACAAGGACUUCAACAAACCAAAGUCAUAGUACUUCAAAGUCUUUCCCAGCUACUAAAACAACUACCGAAGGUAGUACAGUUGUUAACGAGAAUCAUAAUAGAAUGGUGGAUUUUGGUGACUAUAAUGACUUGAUUAGCGAAAACGACGUAGUUUUGGAAAGUCCUUAUAGUUUGAGUUCAAAAAAUCCGGCUCGAGUAUCUACUCAAGAGAUUGAUCUUGAGAGAGAUUCAUUUAAUCAAGCAGAUCAUCCAAUAGAAAAUGAUGCCGUCGUUGACUACGGUGGGUCUGUUAGACAUUCCCAUGAAGGAUUUGACUAUAACUUGAAAGUAAUCGAAAAUAAACCGUGAAUAACAAUCUUGUUUCUGUUUUCUUUAAAUAUAUAUUUGGUCUAUGAAUUUA